AUGCCCGCCCAAACUCGCUCCAGGAGCAUGCUGGGUGGAGAUACCAGCGCCUCCGCACCGCUUCCCUCCUUGCGCUCGAAUCGCACACGCUGCAGCUCCCGUGGCCAGAAGGCCCGCAACCACACCUCCACCGGCGCUCCUCAGUCCAGCGCUCGUCCUUUCCCUUCUGUCGCUCCACUCCUGGAAGCUAUCGAGGAGGUCGUCCCGCCACCAACAGCAGGCCGUAACCUCAAGGGGCCGCCUACCCGUCCUUCACGAGCGGCCAAGGCCGUCGCUACCAAGAAGCUCAAGGAUUCGGCGGCGAGCACCAGACGUGCAAAGGCGGUUCGAUCCCCAACCAGCUUGCCCCCGCAGGAGCAGACUGCAAGCACCGAAUUCCCAGUUGUUUCCGGAAUCUCGCGGGUCGGGCCUGUACCAGGGGUUCCUGUUGUUCCUUCUGGAGAGCCCCACGGCCUUCAACUUGCUUCCCUCGAGGACCAGGAAGAAUUACCCCCUCCCCGUUCCCUUGCCCCACCCCCGCGCUCAGCAUCCGCCAUCCGAGUGAGCAUUCCGGUUCUUAUCACGCGUCCCCUCCUCCCCCCAGGCGUAUCACCCUGGAGCACUCCCUUGUCCAUCUACGCCGCCUACCUGUUCCAAGGUACCCCGCUAGAUCGCGAGAACCUUAUCGGCCUCGUGCCAGUGGGGCACCUGCACUUCAGGUAUGGCAUCAAGGAGAAGAUUGGGCUCCAGCAAUAUCAUUAUGCUAUUUUUGAUAUCAUGGGCGCCGAUGAGGACCAGAUACUGCUCAAGGUCUUCAAGAUCCUCCGUAUCCAGAUUUCAGUUUGA